AUGAGCAUCAAUCCCACGAUUGGUGACAAGGACGUCCUUCAGCGGCGCACAGCGGCAAAUCCCAAGUACAAUGGCGUGCAGGCCGUGGUGAACUCGGGCAUGACCAUUCAACUCGCGCAGUACAUGCGCAACAACAAGAUUAAGACAAAGAAGCAGCCUGGCGAGCUUUUUCAGCGAUUACACAUAGACGUCAUCGCCGCCUUCCUCAACCGUCAAGAGCCCAAGUCGGUCCUGGAAGAUGGUGGCUUUGCACGACCAAUGGACGAGUAUGGCGGUCCAGAGAAUGCGCUCGACAAGCCAGCCAUUAGCUACCUGUUGCUCGACUGCCGCGAAGUGGAGCACUACGAGACGUGCCACAUCAAGACGGCACUGCACUACCCAAAGAUCAAACUACACCACUCGACCAAUCCGUUUCUACCAGGGAUGUACGCUUACAAGAACAAGGAGAACAAGUGUAUUGUGCUUUAUGACUUGGAGGAGGAGGCGGUUGUGUCACUGGCGAACACGAUGGUUCAGAAGGGCAUCGAGAACGUUGCCAUCAUCGCUGGUGGGCUGCGCGAGUUUGCGCAGGAUUAUGCCGAUUAUCUCACAGCGCAGUCGCCUGUACCGAUCAUACCUAGAGACUUGCGCUUGAAGCGACGGGCCGACGAAGCCACUCAGGCACGCAGCGACGCUCGCACCACUAUGUCUCACAAGCCGAAGAGCUUGUCCAGCAGCCUAGCCCGCAGUGCGCGAAAAGGAACCUUCUGA